UAGAAUUGGAAAUGUAAAACGGAGGGAAAUAUUUUGGCAUCAUGGCGCAAAUUGGUAGACUGGACGAAUAUAACCCGGAAAAUGAAUGUUGGUCAGCGUACAUCGAACGUGUGGAACUGUACAUCAUAGCAAACGAUGUGGACGAUACAAAGAAAGUAGCGACUUUGCUUAGUGCUAUGGGUGCGUCAACGUAUGGAUUGUUACGAAACUUGGUUUAUCCGGAGAAGCCAAAAGAUAAAACGUUUGAGGAGAUAGUGGACAUUCUCAAAUCUCACUUCGAAACACAGCCGUUGGUUGUUGCUGAACGUUUUCUCUUUCAAAGUUGCGCACAAAAGCCCCAUGAGACUGUGUCCCAAUAUGUUGCCAAACUUAAACAAUGCGCAUCGAAGUGUGAGUUCGGCGCAAAUUUGGAUGAAGCUCUGCGCGACUGUUUUGUUAGUGGAAUGCAAAAUAAAUCUUGCCAGCGAAGACUGCUUUCGGAGCACAGGCUCACAUUUUCACGAGCACUUGAGAUCGCUCUCAGUAUGGAAACCGCUGAUCGGGACCCGAAACAGAGAGAGCUUGAUUGUUCUGCAGCGACCAUGCAAAAGUUUCAUGUUACCAUAUAUAAGGAUGGAAGUUCCCCAGGACCUAUUUCUCUUGGUGAAAAUGAGUACAAAUGCCCGAUUUGUCAUAAGGUUGGAGGGUAUCCUUCUCUGGUGGCACAUGUACAGACCCAUGAGAAGUGUGCUGUAAAAUGUAAAGAUUUCUCUUAUUGUCUUACAGGAUAUAAAAUAUAUAAAUGCCACCUAGGAUGUGCAGGAUGUGGGCACUAUCACUGCAGCUUUUGCUUCCGAAUUAUAAUUCGAAAAAAUUUAUUUAGUAACCAUAUACAGAAGUGUGCCACAGUCCACCUAUCUACAGAGGCCCCAAAUGUAUGUUCAGGUCUUGGUGCCUUAAAACCAACUAGCUGUCCAUCGGCCAACAACAGCUCACCAGUAUCUACCAAGUGUGAUCCUAUCCCUUUAACAUCCUCAACAAAUUAUCCUAAACCUUUAACAACAACUGGUCUGCCUGCAGCUUUUACUCUUUCACUAGCCCCCAGUACAUCUGGGUCUUCUAGUCAUUCUGCUACAUGCAUCAGACAGUUUGACCACAAAGCCUCUGAAACUCAGAUUUCUUCCAGGACUCCACUUUUACUCAACUUCUUGACAGCCCCGAAGACUGCUGUUUUGUAUCCCACAGUUACAAUACCCUCUGACACUCAAAAUAAUGCAUCAGUAAACCUAACCGAAAGCAUUUCCACCUGUAACAAAAAAAUAACUAAAUCGAUGCUUAAGAGAACAACAUGCUGCUUUUGCAACAAGAUUUUUAACAAGAAAAACAUGAAGAUUCACAUUCAAAGACGUCACUCUUUGUCAAAUCUAGAUGUAAAUUAGAGAUGUGUGAGACUAGUCGACUAAAUUUUUUUCUUUUUCUAGCUGACUGAUAAAUUGUUAAAUUAUCUUUUAUUCUGUGAGUGUAUGUCAUGUUCUAGCUAGUUAUUGGCUAUUUGUCUUUUCCCGAACAGCUGUCAUGUUUUGUUGUAGCUAGAUCUUUUUCUUUUCUUUUUUUUCAUAGACUUUGCUUGCCUGUUAAUUAUUUUCAGCAAUGUGCUGAAAUGAAUCCAAUCAUUUACCAUUAUUCUACAGGUUUCUACAAUUUCAAUACGGUUAUCUAUUUUACAGCUGUACUGUAAUUUCACAGUAAAGUACUGGCAGCACUGGUUCCAGCCAUUUACCAUUAUUUUACAGUUUCAAUACGGAUUUCCAUUUUACAGAUGUACUGUAAUUUCACUGUAAUAUACUGGCAGGAAUAAUAUACUGGCAGGAAUGGUUCCAGCCACUUACCGUUAUUCUACAGGUUCAAUACUGUUUUCCAUUUUACAGAUGUACUGUAAUUUCACUGUAAUAUACUGGCAGGAAUAAUAUACUGGCAGGAAUGGUUCCAGCCACUUACCGUUAUUCUACAGGUUCAAUACUGUUUUCCAUUUUACAGAUGUACUGUAAUUUCACUGUAAUAUACUGGCAGGAAUAAUAUACUGGCAGGAAUGGUUCCAGCCACUUACCGUUAUUCUACAGGUUCAAUACUGUUUUCCAUUUUACAGAUGUACUAUAAUUUCACAGUAAUGUACUUUCCAGCCAUUUACUACUAUUCUACAGGUUCAUUACUGUUUUCCAUUUUACAGCUGUACUGUAAUUUCACUGUUAAGCACUGGCAGGAAUGGUUCCAGCCAUUUACCGUUAUUCUACAGAUUCAAUACUGUUUUCCAUUUUAUAGCUGUGUUGUAAUUUCGCAGUAAAGUGCUGGCAGCUGGGUUUCCAGCAGUGUACCGUAAUUCUACAGUGUUAAUACAAUAUUCUUUAUUACAUCUUUUCUGCAAUUACAAUGUAUAUUACUUCCAGCAGAUUCUCAAGCUAAUAAAAUGUAUACAGAUAUACUUAAAUAUCUUAAUUCAAUAUCUGUAAUAUUUCUAUAUACUGUCAAACACGUGGCAAAUGCACAAAAGUAGUUUUUGAAAAUAGAAAAAAAGGAAGAUUGAGGUGUUUGUUCUUGUGCACUAUUUAUUAAAAACAAACCAAAUACACUGAAUCAACCAGCUGUAUAAUAAAUAUAUAUAUAUUACACGUGGGCGCUCUGACCCCAGCUUAGUUGGGAUAUGCG